GUGAUGAUGCCGUCUGUCGCAGAGUGAGAAACCCUAUGUAAGGUUCACUACAAUCUGAUCUUAUCUGAACUUAUCCCUAGAUAUACUCAAAGAUAAUAGAUUCCUAUAACGUCUUGCGUCACAUGCCCCGCCCAUCUAGCCUGAGGAAAUACGGGAAGCGUAGAAAACAUUGAAGAGGUAACGUUAACGACAGUUAGGGUAUCUGUUAAUGUCACAGCUCGAAAUCUGAUUGCAGUUUGUAUACUAUAUGGUUACAAAAAUAUGGAUCUUAGAUUCAUAAGCAGAAGACAUUACAGUCUCUUACUAUGUGGAGUCAUAGUAUAUUUACUCUCCGGUACACUUUUGGUCACUGCUAUUGAGGUGUAUGCACCAGAGGACGCGCUCUUUGAAAAUGGGACCACAGGAAUACUUAAAUGUUCUUUCAAAUCAAAAGAAGUUGUCAGCAGUGGAGCUUCGGUUACUUGGUCGUUCACACCGGAAGGAGCUUCAGACAAAACAACUUCAUUCUUCUAUUAUACCGGCGGCAAUUCAUACCCAGGAUCUCUUGCUCAGUUUCAAAAACGAGUAGUUUGGGCAGGGGACCUGAACAGAAAAGAUGCAUCAAUCGAAGUUGCUCAGAUGCAGUUUAGUGACAAUGGCACAUACCAGUGUGAUGUGAAAAAUCCACCAGAUAUUACAGGAUCUGCAUCACAAAUAAAAGUUAGGGUUGUUAUGAAAGAGUCCCUACCUCAAAGCAGCCCAGCUAUUAUUGCUGUUGGAGUGAUAGCAGCUGUUAUAUGCCUCAUUGUCAUAGCCGUUGUCACUUAUUUGAUGAUAAGGAGGCAGGGGCCAAGUCGUGACUAUGAUGGGUAAGCUAUUU